AUGGCUCCAUCUCCAUCAAAACCGACGACCGUUUCGGCACCAGGUACGUACCGCUGCGGCGACUGCGACAUCGACCUCCACGACUUCUGCGCCACGUGUCCGGCCACAACCGAAUCGGACCUCCACCCCACCCACCCCCUAACCCUAGUCAGCAACCCGGUCGACGACCGGAUAUGCGGCGACACCGUCGAGGGCCUCUUCUACUCGUGCGGCGACUGCGGCUUCGACGUGCACCCGCUCUGCACCCAGCUGCCGCUGCACGCGCACCUCCCGCAGCACGGCCACCAUCUGCUGAAGCUCCAGCCCGGAAAAUCCGCCGCUUGUGCCCUCUGCUUUAAAGGUUGUACGUCCUGGAGGUACCGAUGCGACGCGUGCUGCCUGGAUGUCCACGUGGAGUGUGUCCUCGCCGUGGAUGUUUCGUCGAUCACUGUGGCGGCGCCGUAUCUGAAACGCAGUGAAUCUAUGCCGCCGCAUAUUAUUGGGAUCCCGAUAGAUGAGAUGGCGGUAUCUCCGGCGCAGGCGGGCAAGGUAGAAGAAGGGGAGGCGAGUGGGAAAGGAAGCAAGAAAAAGAAAAAUAUAUAUUCAACUUUGGGUAGGAUAACUGUCGCAGCAGUGUCAACUUCGCUUAUUGGAGUUCCCAUUAUCCUUAAGGAUCCAAGAAAAUCAUGA